AUGGCCUCGGCGACCGCGUUCCUGACCUCGCGCGCGCUGGCCAGCGCCGCGGGCAUCAGCGGCGGGAGAAGCCACGGGGAGUCGGCGAAGUUGAGGCAGGCGGCGCGGCCGGUGAGCGCGAUGGCGGCGGCGUCGUGCGCGCGCGCCGCCAGCUCGGGCGUGGCGAAGGUGCCGAGCCAGAGCCUCGAGCCGCGCCGCCCCGGGACGCGCAGCUCGCACACCCACCGCCCCGCCCCAGCCAGGCCGCGGCGCCGCACGCCGCGGAACACCGGGUGCCGCGUCUCCCGGAACUUGGUCCGCCCCGCCGGCUUCUUGGGCGGCGCCGACCACACCGUCCGGUACCCCUCUUGCUCCGCGGACGACGGCAGCGGCGAGUGCGUGUCCAUUGCAGACUCGCUGAAGAUCCUGUAG